AUGCGACUUCUCUUCUUAUCCUUCUUUUGGAGUCUAUCGGAUGCUGUUUUUUCGGCUGAAACUACUAUUAAUACUACAACUGGCCCCAACUACCAAGAAUGCACGAGCGAAUUGUCUCUCACGUUUCCCUACUGCGACAUGAGCAAAUCGUGGGACGAGCGAGUGGAUUAUUUGGUGGCGGAAUUGAAUUUGACGGAAAAGAUUGGUUUGUUAUCUCCGGAUCCAACGGUCGUUUCGAAAGGGUAUAUUGACUGCUACGCCAUUACGUAUGCCGUCCCGCGUUUGGGCAUUGGAAGGUACAUGUGGUUGGUCGAGACCAAUUCGCAGGCCAAUAGUUUGUGCUACAAAAACACGACGCACUGUCCCACGGCGUUUCCAGGAGCCCUCGGAUUGGCCGCCUCCUUUAAUACGACCGUUUGGAAGUUGAAAGGACACGUCAUUUCAUCCGAAUUGCGCGCCCAAUACAAUUCCGGUGGUCGUCGCAAACGGCCCGAAUCCUUGGUGGGUCUGACUGGAUUUGGACCCAAUCUUAAUAUUGCGCGAGAUCCUCGCUUUGGUCGAACCAGUGAAUUGCCGGGAGAAGAUCCCCUCUUGAAUGGAUUCUAUGCCAUUUCCUACUUGCACGGAUUGCAGCAACCACUCGAUUCGGACAACAACAAUAGCAAUAAAUACCUCAAAAUGCUGGCAUUGGUCAAACACUUUACGGCGUACAGUCGAGAAGUCAAUCGAGGACACGACAAUUACAAUAUUUCACAACACAUGCUCUUUGACAGUUAUCUACCAGCUUAUCAAAUGGCAUUUCAACAAGGCAACGCGUCGGGAGUCAUGUGCAGUUACAAUGCCGUCAAUGGAGCUCCCUCCUGUGCCAAUGACUGGUUGUUGAAUACAAUCAUGCGACAAUCCUGGAAUCAACCGCAUGCUCUGGUCAUGACGGAUUGUGGUGCCGUCCGGAACCUCAAGGGACCGCCCGUCAAGGCUCCUUCGGAUGCUCACGCCGUGGCGUGGAGUUUGGGCAAUGGCACCGACGUCGAAGCGGGCGAUCACAUGUUUGGACAAUUUGGAGCAAAUGCCGUGGCACAGGGAUUGCUCAAUGAAACCGUUGUCGAUCAAGCGGUACGACGAGUCUUGUGGAACAUGAUGCGGGUCGGACGAUUUGAUCAUCCCUACCAUACUAAUCCGUACGCAUCCAUUACCGCCGACGCCAUUGGCAGUCCUCAACAUUCCAAGAUUCGAGACGAUGCGGCACGACAAACUGCCGUAUUGUUGCGCAAUUUGGGAGGUGCCUUGCCCUUGUCGCCAGGCAACAACAAGACGAUUGUCAUUGUGGGACCUCAAGCCAAUACGGGAGAAGGACUCAUGCCCGAUUACUGGGGUGAUGAAGCGUGUCCCAACAAUCGCGGAUUUCGCUGUGUCCCCACAUUUUACACGGCCAUUGACAAGAUUCAAACUUCCGGGAAAACGCUCUGGUCCAUGGGGGUGGGAGAAAAGUCCAUGGACAAGAAGAAUUAUCAAACUGCCUUGACGGCCGUGCAAGAUCAUGCGGAUAUUGUCGUGCUGGCCAUGGGUAUUUCCAAAAAGACCGAACAAGAAGGCACCGAUCGGACCAGUACAUUGCUUCCGGGAUUGCAGAAUCAAUUUGCCUUGGAUGUCUUGAAAAUUGCCAAACAAAAGAACAUUCCCGCCAUUCUACUUUUGGUCAAUGGCGGAGCACUCUCCAUCAAUGACUUGAUGCCAAUCCGGACAGUUCCUUCCAAUCUUCCAGAGUGCUAUCAGAGUCGUGCCGGUGUGGCUCCAGCACAACUGCCACAAAGCUAUGCUAUUGUCGAAACGUACAAUCCAUCCUUUGGUGCCACGGGGAUUGUGGACGCUCUCUUUGGCAUUGGACCCGUGUCCUGGGGACGCAUGGUCACAACCAUGUACCCAAAAGAGUUUGCCGACACGCAUCCGCCCGAUCAGUACGAUUUGGCUGAUGGCGAUGGACUCACCUAUCGAUAUUACAAGGGUGAUGUAUUGGCAACCUUUGGAGAAGGCAUGCCACACGAAGAUCCCGACGACGAUGGGAGUGCCGUUAGUUGCAAGAUGAUGAUGACACACAAUCAAACGCAGCAACAAACAGAAACAGAAUGGACGAUUCGAUGUGUUGCCACCAAUUCACUAACCGACCGGUCUCUCUCCGCAUUGGUCAUGGUCUAUGCACGAGCUUCGGAAAAGAUUCAAGCUCCGUAUCCCAUUCCUCGACGAGCCUUGAAAGGAUUCCACCGCGUCAUGGUCGGUCCCUUGCAGAGUGAGACGUUUGAGAUUGAUAUUGGCUUGCAAGACAUUAUGCUGGUGAAUGAACAAGGACACAAAGAGGCACUGCCUGGCCGACAUUUUGAUUUGCUGGAUAUCUGGGAUGGCUGGAAUACCUUUCAAUCAUUCUCGGUGAGCUUGCCAUCACAACACGAGGGUGGGAUCACGAUAGAGUCGUUCUAG